CACUAGCGAUACUCGUGCACGACAGACGGUAACGACUUCAGUACUGACCCGUGGUGUGUGCGCUGAGAUGCCCGUGUGGGAAGUUGACCUGCUGGACUGCGCUGGACUAUCCCACUUUUGGCUUGCUCAAUAACAAACACUGGUUAUGGCACCAGUCACAGCUUUAAAAGAGAGAGGCGCUGUAACACCACUGUUGACUCUGGGUUCAUCCAAGGUGAGAGUUUAGUUUUGACUCUGAACUGUGAGGUUUUCUUUGGACUUCCACAAGCUCGGGCUAAACGCGGAGACAUACCGGUGCAGACGCAGCCGCAGACGCAGCCGCAGACGGUGCCUCCGAACUGCUGCUGGUGGUCAAAAAUAUUUCUCUCUACAUAUAUUUAUAGAUAUUUAUGUGGUAGUGCAGCUAGGGCAACAGCAAACGGACGACAAUGUGCUCGGUAAUAAGCAGGGUGAGACCAGUUCAACGGGCUCUGGCUCUCACGCUUCGCCUGAGGACAAGCACCGAGGGUUCGAGUUACGCUGCAGCCGAGAGAAGGCGCUUCUGUCCCGGCGUCAGUAAUGACAUUCACCCGCUGCGAGCACCCAGCAGAUCGUACUGCUCCAGGGUGGCGCUCACCCAAGGACUGCUCUUCAAACAACUGUUCGAGUCGGAGAGCAGCACCUACACCUACCUGCUCGCAGACACGGAGACCAAGGAGGCGAUCCUCAUCGAUCCUGUGCUGGAGACCAUUGACAGGGACCUGAAGCUCAUACAUGAACUGGGGCUCAAUCUAAAAGUGGCAGUAAACACCCACUGCCAUGCGGACCACAUCACAAGCACUGGGCUGAUGAAGAAAAGAUUGGCUGGGCUGAAGAGUGCAAUCUCCAAACUCAGCGGUGCCUCUGCAGACAUUCACCUGUCAGAGGGAGACAAGAUCCCCUUUGGAAAACAUUAUCUGACAGUGAGAGAGACACCGGGACACACUGAUGGGUGCGUGACGCUGGUUUUAGGGGACCAGAGUAUGGCUUUCACUGGGGACACUCUGCUCAUCAGAGGCUGUGGCCGGACAGACUUCCAACAGGGCUGCGCUAAGAGGCUCUAUGAGUCAAUCCAUCAGAAGAUCUUUACUCUGCCUGACCACUGCCUCGUCUACCCAGCACACGACUACCGAGGUCAGACGGCAUCUACGGUCGGUGAGGAGCGUAAGUUUAACCCACGCUUGACCAAGAGCGUGGAGGAGUUUGUGGACAUCAUGAACAACCUGAACCUUCCCAAGCCUAAGAAAAUCGAUAUUUCAGUGCCUGCUAAUCUGGUUUGUGGAGUACACGAAGUCUGAACGUCCUGCAAAAGGGAGGAAUUUAAUCAAUCAUCAAUCGUAGCAAAGUGAUUAACAUUUACAUGUUUGUAUCUGAGCAGGAUUCACCAAAAACUGCUUACCAUGAUGUGCUUUAUUUCUUGUAUUUGUGCUAAUGUAAGAUGUGUAUUUGAAUAGCUGUGAUGUCAUUUGCAGCUACUAACAUCAAUGUGAUCAUGUUUAAAGGUUACGAAAUGUACUGUUACUAGAAGUCCCACUAAAUCACAGCAUCUCAGACCAAACAAAUGGGUGCCACGGCCUACGAAUCCAAUCCAAAAACAGUAAUUUUAAUUCAAUUCAAUUCAGUUCUUAUUUGUAUAGCGCCAAUUCAUAACAAAAGUUAUCUCAGGACACUUUUCAAAUAGAGCAGGUCUAGACCGAACUCCUUACAAAAUGAAUUACAGAUAAUCGUAAAACAGGCUGCAAUUGCAGCAAUGAAGCUAAUCAUUGAGGACAAAUGUGCCUGUCAAAGUACGUCCUCUAAAAGUGCUUGUUUUUGCCACUGACAGGCUCAGAUUGUUAAGUGUCUGACAACAUUAUGGAAAGGAUGAAAUAAUUCCUUAAUUCACCAACGUAGAUGAUAAAAACAGCCGUUUAAGUCGUUCUCCUCUGUUGCACGUGGAGGGAAUCACAAGCAUGCGUGGCUGGACUGGUGAAGUAUACAAGGCACAGACUACUACAGACCCAGAAGGGGUGUGACUUCAUUCUCUGCUCAGGGCACCAUUAUUCCAACAUAUCUUUACACAGAAAAUAGUUGUAUGCUGCUAUAUUAAUGUUCAAAAUCUCAUAUAUAUAUAUAUAACCUUUAAAAUAGAGAUGCAAUCAGUGCUAAAGAUCUGUACUGUACUUGAGGAAAAACUUAAACUUAAUUUUUUUUUUUUUUGAUUGAAGUUAAAUGUGUGUAUUCUUUUCUCUUUAUUCAGCUGCGUUAUUAUGAAUUUGGGAGGACAUUUACAAAAAGGAGAGCUCAGAUAGGAAUGUUCCAUUCAAGGUUUGGUUUAGUAUUCAUGAAUGCUUAACUAGUACAAUUGAGUUCUUCCACAUGGCCUUUCCAGUGAUUCCGGACUCCUUUUAUCCGAGGCUUCAAACACACACAGACACACACAGACAUUGAGUCAGACACACACCACUCACUCUGCUGCCAGCCACGGCCUUUUUGCAUACCAGGAAGAUGAAACUACGUUAUUUGCAUUCGGAAUCUCUCAGAGCCAAGUUUCCAUUGACAAGAUGUCAUUGCCAUGUGUUUUUGCUCUCAACUCUCAUCUGAUCCUCUAGAUGAAUAAUGGACAACGGUGUCUAUUAAAAUGUGUGUCAUUAGCUCAAUAAGAUAUGGAGAAAAGCAUCCAUGCCAAGUAUCAACACAGUGACGUCUGCUCCUGGACUUCCAGAUGUUCUGUACGUGCUGCUCUCAGCCUGCGUUUAACAGCUCACCAGCGAGUAAGACAGGUUUGUUUGGGAGUGUUGGCUUCUGUCAGCCACAUGCCUCUUUCACAGAACAUGUGAUAGUAUGUUGUAUGGUGGUGUUGGAAUUAUUGUGUGCUUUUUAGGGUCAGCAUCAAAAUGCUUCUAUUGAGUUGUUUUCAAGCAGCAUUCCUCCUCAGAUUUGUACUCUUGCCAGGAUUUAAAGGAGCACUACACUGAUUGUUGACAGUUCAAUUGACUUGUCUCGGGGAAUAUAACUCACUAUGUGAGAGCAAUUGUAAAAUUUAAUCUGUGGUUAUGGAGGGAGUAUUCUAUGACAUGAGGGUUAUCACAGCUUGGUUUUGGAGGCCACAAAUCUGUAACAGAGUGUGUCACAAACUGGGGGUGUGGAGUUUGAUGGGUGUGGGUGUUUACUAGCCAGGGAGGGUCCAACAAAAGAUUUGAGUUUGUUUACAUAUCAUUUUAUAAUCUUGACAAGGAACUAAAAGUCAGGAUAUUUGUGCUUGUGCUGCAUGAAAUGAAACGUUGGCCCCUUUAAACACUAAAACACCAUUUAAAUAAACCAUAACCUUUAGUAAAACACAGAAAAGCGACAUUAUGAGACUACUCAGUGGUCUAAUAAUGUACGUACAUCAGGUUGUCUUUUUGAGUAAUGGUUAGGGAGGAUUCACCAUCAUGGCCAUGGCCAUGGACUUGGACUAUUUACUAAUAAACAUGCACUGAUCUGAUACACCAGAUCACACUGAUAUUGACCUUAUGAAGAAGAUUAGGUAUUGCUCAUGAUGUGACCAAUCCAACUAAGGUGCAGUUACUUUGUCAAUGUAAUUUUACAUUAGUUUUACACAGUGAAGUAUACGGAUUUUGAGUUAUUGGUAUCAGGAGAGAAGGGUUGGUGUUAGUGCAUAACAACAGGCCGAUAUUACCCUGAUACACAGUAUAUCAGGGCUGCUGAAUUUAAUCCUAUCUGGUUCCUUACAGCUGCACUUGUUAUUGAUAUUUGGGUCAUUACAUGAAUAUCUUUGAUGUUUCAGGAGUGAAAUGCCUGCAAGGUUUUAAACUCCUCAAAAGAUUCAAAGCAACGUUGUUAUAAAGAAGACUGUUAAAGAAUAAAAGAAAGUGUAUCGUUCAGAGAAAAAAGGUUAUCUGUUGGUGGGUGUUGUCGUCACGUGCAAGUUAAUACUGUUAGCACACACAUAGACCAUCUACCAGCUGUCUCUGUCAGCACUUGAGACAAACAACAUUAUUGGCCCGCCUCUGCCUCACCUAGUGUCCUCGCCGACAGACACCUGCAUUGUUUUUAAUUCAAAACAGGAGGUGUGUGUGAUUGUUGGCGCCAUCAAGUUGAAGAUAUGUUGCUUUAGAGGCACAGUCGUUUCCACGUAAAGUCAUCCUAUUAUCUUGAUCCUGUUUCUCUGCUUCUGUGAAGUUGCCAGCUGUCCUUUCACCCAGUCUGUGUCACCCAUCUGCCAGCCCUCUUUUGAGUCUCUCCCUCAGCCCACUUACACCGUGCCACCGUGAACCUACUGCCCAUUCUCUCUCACACCGGCCACAUGUCACUUGACAGAAUCUAUUACACUAUCAGCUCAUUCAGAAAGAGCAGUAAAGAGGCCAGUCAGGGCGAUAAAGCUCUCAGAGUGAAGAGCCCAAGAGACCCUAAAGAAAAUACUCAUAUAGGGUCUUAGUUUAAAUUCAGAGAGGUCUUAUACUUGUUGAAAUGUUUAUCUCCUACAAUGUUUAUAAAAAGUGUACAGUUUUCGGUAUUCUUAAAUCAGUUACACUAACAUUUGCAACAGGAAUUCACAUUGCUGUGGGAGUUUAAAGUUUACAGUGACUGUCUAAUACUUUAUGGUAUUUUAAUCUCCACUGGUAUCAAUAUAAGACUGCUGCAGGGACUUAUACUCAAUAGUAAGUGUUCUUAAAGGUCCAGUGUAACAUUUAGGAGGAUGUAUUGGCAGGAAUGGAAUAUCAUAUUCAUUGGUAUGUUUUGAUUAGUGUAUAAUAACCUCAAUAUUUAAUUCAUUUCAAAAGGGCUUUAAUCGCAUGAACAAAAACAUGUUAAGAACAGUAACAAUAUAUAUCAUUUAAUACAAUUACUCAACUACAUGGGUCCCUCAGGCUGUGGCAGGCAGACACAUAUUUAGCUACUAAAAGAGCUGUUGUCCCUUCACCAAGGAGGACUGACAGCUUUCCUUCUUUGUUGUGUGUUGUCACAUUAGAAUGAGACGAUUAUAUCUAUCGACCCCAUAUGCUAAAUAAAUGCGUUGGCCUCUAUGUGCCUCUAAAUGGUUAAAUAGUUAAUAGUUCCCUGAGUGCUUUUAUUACAGAAUUCUUGUAAUUCUCCUUUAAAUCUGACUCACAUAAUAAAAAACUAUAAUACUGA